AACAUUUUAGCUAGCAACACUCAAUAAAUAAGAAGAGAUAUAAAAGUUGGUAAAACGUUAUAAAAUUCCUCAGCUCUCUCUCUCUCUUCUGGAUUGCCGUAACUAAGUCACUACUCCUGCCUCCAGCGUAUCAAGGCUUCCAAGCUUUGAGGUCCGCCUCUCUUUUCUCUCUUCUCUCUCUACCUCACCUGUAAGUGCCUGCCCCUUUUGUUAUAUGUAUAGCAUUUUGUUAUCUCAGGAGCAAUUUGUCGAACAUUAACGGUGCAUUGAGACUUUUCGCAAGUGUCUGGAAGUUGCUAUCUUUACUGAUUUUGUUCUGUUCGAUUGCUAGUUCUUUUUAUGGGUCUGUCAGCAGUUUGCUCUCCGGCUACGUAUUGUAGUAGUUUCAGUUACAUUUGUGCUUUUGCAGAGACUGUAGGAGCUGUUUCGUGUCAUAGAGAGUCAUUUAAAGAAAGAAACUUUGGGAAUUUAAAGGUUUGUGCUUAUGGGUACUUGGGAAGUAGGUUGACAUUGAGGAGAAAACGAAUGGGCUUAUGUGGGUUUGUUAUGAAAACCCCAGAGGAAGGGGAGGAAUGGGCAAAGGAGAAGAAUAAAGUUGUGACAUUUUCAGAUGAGGUUAUGAGGGUUCUUAAGUCUACGACGGACCCAAAUUAUGCUUUUUCAUAUUUUAUGGUUGUUGCUGGGUUACCUUAUGUUGUUCACACCACUGAAACCUGCAAUUACAUGCUUGAAGUCUUGAUGACUUAUAAGAGGGUGGAGGAUAUGACUGCUGUUUUUGAUUUCAUGCAAAAGAAAUUCGUUUACCUAAAUUUGAACACUUAUCUUGCUAUAUUUAAAAGUCUUGACAUCAGGGGUGGAAUUCGAGAAGCACCAACUGCGCUUGAGAAGAUGAGAAAAGCUGGGUUUGUUUUGAAUGCAUGUUCGUAUAAUGGGUUGAUUUAUUUUCUUCUCCAGUCAAAGUUUUGUAGGGAGGCGUUGGAGGUUUACAACAGAAUGGUCAUAGAAGGAAUGAAGCCAGGCUUGAAGACUUAUUCAGGACUUAUGGUAGCGUUUGGAAAUUGCAGGGAUUCUCAAACUGUAAUGGGUCUGUUAAAAGAGAUGGAACAUUUGGGAUUGAGGCCUGAUACUCAUAUAUUUACCAUAUGCAUUAGAAUUCUUGGAAGGGCCGGGAAAAUUGAUGAGGCUUAUGAUGUAUUCAAGAGAAUGGACAAAGAGGGAUGCGGGCCAAAUGUUAUUACUUAUACUGUUCUCAUUGAUGCUCUCUGUAAAGCUGGUAAACUUGAUAUUGCAAAGGCUUUGUUUGUAAAGAUGAAAGCUAGCAACACUCACAAACCUAAUCGUGUAACUUACAUUACUUUGUUGGACAAAUUAAGUUAUUGUGGAGAGCUGGAAACAUUCAAAGAAAUUUGGGAUGAAAUGGAAGCUGAUGGUUUUGCUCAUGAUGUGGUUACAUUCACCAUUCUUAUUAAAGCUUUAUGCAAAGCAGACAAUGUUGAUAAAGCAUUUGAUACUCUGGGUGUCAUGAAGGAGAAAGGGAUCUCACCAAAUCUUCUUACUUACAACACUUUGAUUGGGGGACUAUCAAAGGCAGGUAGAUUGGAUAAGGCUCUAAAACUUUUCAGUAAGAUGAAAUCCUUGAGUGUCAAGCCCAAUUCAGUUACAUAUAGUAUUCUCAUUUUCGGUUUAGCGAAAUUUAAUAGUGUGGAUGCAGCUAUCGAUUUUUACUAUGAUCAUGUAGGUUGUGAUUUUUCCCCCAUUCCUCAUACAUACAGCCCACUCAUUGAUGGACUUUGUAAGUCGGGAAGACAUGAAGAAGCAAUGCUUUUCUUUGAGGAGAUGGCAGAAUAUGGAUGCAAACCUAACUUUGUGAUUUUCAAUAUUCUUAUAAAUGGGUUUGGGAAAACAGGAGAUGUGGAAACUGCCUGUCAGUUGUUUAAAAGAAUGGUUAAAGAAGGAAUAACACCAGACUUGAAGACUUACACAAUUCUACUGGAACCUUUAUGCCGUUUAGGAAAAAUUGAUGAUGCUGUGUAUUACUUUGAAGAACUAAAGAAGACUGGCCUUAGUCCUGAUAUAAUUUGCUAUAACCAUUUGAUUUACGCACUUGGAAGAUCAAGGAGGGUAGAAGAAGCUUUAUCUCUAUACACUGAAAUGCAGAGCAGAGGAAUUCUUCCUGAUCUUUGCACGUACAACAAUCUAAUUCUCAGUCUUGGGAUUGUGGGAAUGGUUGAGCAAGCAGUGAGUAUGUAUGAAGAGCUACAACAUAAGGGUUUUGAACCUAAUGUUUCCACCUACAAUGCUCUCAUUCGAGCCUGCAGCUUGUCAGGGAAUCCAGAUCAUGCUUAUGCAGUUUAUGAGAAAAUGAUAGUUGAUGGCUGCAACCCGAAUGAAGAGACGUUUAAACAACUUCCUAUUCGAACUUGAGUACUUCGUUUCAUUUAAAUACAAAUGGAUCAAUAGACAUUUCUUGGAAUUUUCUUGAAGGACCAAAUGGUUGGAGGGAUGGCUAAGUGAUUAUCUGUUCAUAUGCAUAUUGGAACUCCGACAAGUUCAGUGGUGAAGGGUUGCAUAUGUACUUUUGAUUAAAUAUUUGAGUUCUAAAGAGGCUGAAGGAUCCUCUCUCUUUGAGAACUCUAAGCUCUAUCUCAUUAACGCAAUAACUCUCAUUGGCUUAGCAGCUUCUCCAGCAUCCUCCUCCGGUGAUCUGUCUUGUCUGGUCGGCUGUCUCAUAUUCGCACUCUUUCUUGGAGUCAUUCUCUCUCCAAUAUUGGUUCUUUCAUUUGGUUGGAGUUGGCUAUGGUAUGAGCAAGAGUGCAGUAACUUUGCAGCGCAGUUGAAGUUGAGAUGAAGUUAUGGUGACUCCAAGAUCGACCUUUCCCUUGAUGCUGCGACAACUCCUGUUCAGCAAUCACUGCUUUGGUCCUUCUAUCAAAUUGCACUCAGACUUGAAUUGGUUUUACUAGUUAUAUGGGAGCAAAUCAAGCUUUUUCAGCUGGUGGAGAUUCGAUAUGUACAAAUUAAAAGAAUUCAACUCUGAACAAUCAUAUAUAAGUUCCUCUGUUUUUUCCAUGCAGAUGACUUUGCUUUUAUGUGUGCAUGUCUUCAGAAAGAAACAAAAUCAGAAAGAUGGAGGGAGAGAGAGAGAAAGAAAGAAAUAGAAUUUUAUUGCAUGUUUUUAAUGUAUAUAUAGCAACCAAGUUACCUUUGAGCUUUCUGGUGGCAAAGAGCCUGGAAGUGGUUCAAUGUAUUGGCUUUGCUAUCACAGUCAUAUGUACAAGAAAACCCAGGUAACAAAUUGGGACUGAACUAUCCUUUGACAACCUGAAGUCACUUGGUCCUCCUUGUUGGCUUUGUUUUUUUCUUAUAUACAUAUCUAUCACUGUGUAGGUGUGAUAUAAUGUUC